AUGCACGCCAUCAAAGUGCUGCUAGACCGAGGCUACUCCGUAGUCACGACAGUACGAAAUCAGGCCAAGGCUGAUAUCAUCAGUGAAGCGUUCCCUAAACAUUCGGCCGACAAGUUAAGCUUUGUGUUCGUUCCCGAUGUUGGACGACCAGGGGCCUUUGACGAGGCAGCAGAUUUGAUCGACCCAGCUGUUGUCGGGACCACCAAGAUUCUGCAGGCUAUCAAGGCGGGAUCCCCGCUGGUCAAUCGAGUGGUGAUUACGGGGUCCUUCGUCUCCAUGUUGGAUAUGUCAAAGGGUCUUUGGUGUGGCCACACGUAUGAAGAGGCAGACUGGAACCCCAUCACAGUCGAGCAGGCACUGGGAAGCCCAGCUGGCGGCUAUGCAGCAAGAAAAACCUUCGCAGAGAAGGCGGCGUGGGAUUUUCUGAGUGACAAGUCUCCAGGAUUUACGAUGUCUAUCAUCUUACCCCCUCUCGUCUUCGGUCUAGUGCUGCAGCGUCUAAACAGCCUUGACUUCCUGAGCGAGUCAAAUCAGGUUAUAAGAAGCUUUAUCAACGGUUCGAUGGAAAAACUCAUACCCACAAUCGAGUAUCCAAUCUUCGCCGAUGUCCGUGAUGUAGCUUUGUGUCACGUACGGGCCAUGGAAGAGCCCGAGGCCGGGAAUAAACGCUUCUUCGUUGCCAGCGGCCACUAUUCGAACCGUGAUAUCAUCGAAAUCAUUCGGAAAAGAUCAACCAAACACCGUCAUGAUCUGCCAUCGGAACAUCUUUCGGGUGGUGACAUGCCAAAUGCUGUGUUUGCCAUCAACACUCAGUGUUCUGUGGACAUUCUGGGAACGAAAUGUCGGACUUUGGAGGAAUGCAUUGCCGACGCAAUCGAAUCUUUCGUGGCCGUAGAGUCGCGAGACACCUACUAG